GAGAAGUCGACGGUCAUGCGCAGUGAGACCUAACAUCGGAAGCGCCUAUGGAGACCCAAACGAAACUUUCACAGUCCGCCUUUAGCCACUCUACCUCUUUCCACAGCGCUUUAAAAUCGAUGACGCGACCAUGUCAACUGUUGAAGAGGAAAUACCAGCCCACGUCUCUCUAAUACACCGUAGUUUAUUGGAAAUAUUCUGACGCGAUUUGUUGAGCACCGGGUAGUGCCAUUGCCUCGAGGGUAGCCGCGACCGCCGGGCAGUGGUUGUGGAGACAGGACGGUUCGUACUGACUGUUCUUCUGUGCCCACGGAUGCCGGUGUGAGCAGUUUCUCGUCAGAAUGAUGUUGCAAUCCUGCGGCACCAGCAGCAGAGGAAAGGAGAGCAGCUUAAAGGAUGCUGUUCCUCACACCCGUGUAGAUGGGGAGGCCAUGCUGUAUGAAAACUAUCAGGUGGGUAAAAAGAUUGGAGAAGGUAGCUUUGGCAAGGUCUAUGAGGCUAGACACAAAGAAACAGAUAUCUUCUGGGCCAUCAAGAGCCUUAACAAGGAUAAGGCCUCGAGCAUGGCUUUGAAGCAGGUUGAACGAGAAGUGACCAUUUUAAAGAAGGUCAACCAUCCACACAUCAUCAACCUUAAAGAAGUGGUUGAGUCGGCCAAGCGGAUGUAUCUGGUGAUGGAGCUGUGCACUGGUGGGGAGUUGGCAGACGUACUGACGGAGAAGGGGCACUUCACAGAGGAGGAGACCAAGAUCCUCAUGACCAGGUUGUGCAGUGCAAUCUCAUAUCUGCACAAGCAUGGUUAGCAUUCACCGCAACUUCUUUUAUUUUUGAAACACUGUCACACUUUCUUACCCUCUACCUUU